AUGAAGUCAGAAGAUGUUGAUAUAAGCGCUCUGUCUGCCGUGGCCAACGUCGAUUCAACCCCUCUGAUGACGGUAAGGUGUACCCCACGUACCUGACUUGCAAACAUCACUCACAGGCUAUUACUCCCUUCCCUUGCCCUGGUGACUUUAACUCACCAACCUGAUCCUGUGGGUGGCGUAAGAACGAUGAAUGUUACUAACCCCUGAGACAUUUAUAAACCCUGUCAACUUCUCAUAUUUUCUCCGGGUAGUCUGGUUAUGAAUUAUUGAAAAAAUAUGCUUGCCUGCUUGUUUUCAAGCCCCAGGAAAACAUCUUUUAACAGUAGAUUGCUUGCUCCAUUCUCAGGGCACUAAAGAAUACGAAUGUUCCAAAUCCACCAAUUUCAUAAAACCUUAAGUUUUCAUUAACUAGGAGGAAAUAAAAGUAAUUUAAUGAUUUUCUGCUAAAACGGGUAUCCCAAAGCAGACGAACCUAUCAUAGCAAAAGCAUCAGGAGUUUUGCAGGGAAUUCUGUACCAUCUACAGGGUUGACAGUUCGAAACUCUUGCGUAUCUUAGUAAGUUAGAAAUUGUUUGCAAAGCAACAGCACACACUGUGUGUUUUUCAAUGUCCUGCUUGCCUAUCAGGACUAAUAGCAACAAGACUUCUGAGAUUCCCGAGACAUGCUAAUCCUAUCGCAGACUAGUCCAACCUUCACUUCUCAUGGCUGCACUUCAGUGAGAAGCCUCCAUCAGGUGGGCCUAUAACGAGUUUAUUUCAAUAGACGCUCGCUCUUUAUCGGCGUAUUUGCGUAUUCGAAGGGAGCUGACAUAAGAACAUCACAAAAAAGGCAGAAGAGACCCAAAAAGGUCAUUUCUGACUUAUCAAUCGUCAGUAGCCAGCUAUGCCAAACUCCGUGAUUUGCAACCGCUGAGUCUUGAACCCGCGACCUGUCUCCCUUGUCUUUGUCAAUAAUACCACUCUGCCUUUAAUAUUAACAGCAAAACGCCUGCUGUCGAAAGUAUCAGGAGUCUUGCGGGGAGUUCUCAAACAUCUGCAGGGUUGAUAGUUCGAAACCCAGCGUAGUAAGUUAUAAAUUGUCUGUAAAGCAAAAGCACACACUGUGUGUUCUUCAAAAUCUUGCUUUAUCUUCAGGACUACUAGUAACAAGACUCCUAAAUUAACCGUCAGUCGUUACCAGGACAAACUGCUCCUAUCACAGACCAGUCCAGCCUUCAAUUCUCAUGGCCGCAUCUCUGUUAUUCAGCGCGAUAAGUCCAUCAGAUGGGCUCAUAGCGAAUUUAUUUCAAUAGACACUUGACCUUUAGCGGCGUAUUUACGUAUUCGAAAGGCACUGUCACUAGAACAUCACCAAGGAAGGCAAAAGAGACCGGGAUGGUCAUUUCUGACUUAUUGGCCGUCAGUAGUCAGCUGUGCCAAACCCCAGGUUUUGCAACCACUGAGUCUCAAACUCGCGACCAGUCUACCAUGUCUUUGUCAGCAAUGCCACUCUGCCUUUAAUAUUACCAGCAAAGCGCCUGCUGGCGGGGCUUGGGAUUGAGCCCCAAGGCACAACGAGAUGAGUGUGUCCUCCACCACUGGGACUAGCAAUGAUAGUACCCAUUUUUCAACUUCAACCGCCGGUUAUUCAUAGAUGUUUUGGCAGGUUAUUAAUAACUCCUACUGACCCAACUGUGAAAUCUCGGCCCCUCGGUGUGAUUUAAACCCACGACGGAAAGGGGAAGGGUUUAGUACGAGGUCCCACGUCGUUCAAGUGGCUAGAGCAUUGGUUGUACUAAAGCCGUCAUGAGUUCGGGUUCGACUGAGACACCGAAUUUUUCACAGAUGGGUCAAUAUGAACUUGUCGGUAAUGCCACUGUGCCUUUAAUAUUAGCCACCAACCGUCUGCUGGCGGAACCCCCAGGCACAACCAGACGAGCAUGUCCCGUAAUGAGAUCGGUUCACAGCCUUCCACUACUGGCAUUAGCAAGUUGGUCUCUAUUUUUUCAACUUUCUCCUAUGAUGUUUGAAUGCUGGACCGUAAAUAACAGUACUUACUUAUUGCCAGCCCGAAACUAAAACGCCUUCCUAAACAAAACAGAUGUUGCUUUAAGUAUUUUGGCAGUUAGGCACCUCCACUGACUGCGCACAAAUCGCGGGAAAAGCAUCUUUGUCGUUGAGUCUCAGUUGUUUACAACUUCGACGUUGGUGUCUCACUUGUAGGAAGUAAUUGCAGGUUUUUCCUUCCAGUUCCUCUUCUAAUUUACUUUGUCACUUUCGAGGACAGCAUUUAAACUUUGUAAGAAAGUAUUCCAUGUCCGUGCUUCUUUGAAGAGUGGGCGUGUCGUAAAUAACAUGGUGUUUGGAAGUUGUCAGAUGCCCUUUGAAACCUACAGGACCAAACACCGCAUGUAAAAAUGUUUUUUUCCAUAUUCAGUCUGUUUACGUUGGCCCGCACAGUCACAGUGAAGAUUCCGUACGGUGUUUCCUUAAAAGUUCGCGUUUAGGCAAAAAUUUACUAGGCCAAAUAUUAAAGGCGUAUUCUGGAACUUCCGAAGAGGCAGCGUUUUAUUCAUUACUUAUCCGAAUUAUGUUAUGUGGCAUUUAGCGCGUUGUGCCUUUCUGACAGCCUAGGGAAGUUCAUAAUUUAAUUUAAAUGCAGUUGUUGGUUUUUCAUUUUCAAGAAUAAGAACAGUCGCAGUCAUCAGUUGUUUUAUGAAAUAUACUAAAUUACUUUCAAAGGCACCCCUGAACUACUUAUGAAAUCAACGUCAUGUUGUGGUGGUAUGCGUAGCAAAAUAUAAUUGAAGUAUCUAAGUAAUAGUCGGAUUACAUACGGUAGAUGUGCUGACUUACGACAUGUAAACCGAUAUUCUGAAAUGCGUUUUUGACUCAAAAGGAUAACUUAAGUAGAUUUUUAUAUUGACCAUCCCGCAACAUAAUUCCUUGCAAAGAUUUUACUCGGCAAAAAUGAUCACUUCAGUAGCAGGAAAUGUUCUCACUGAUUUUCGUUGCCCUUAUAAAUUCAAAUAUAUCUCACAGAAAACAUGCAUAAAAAUAGUUAUUCUUUUGUUCAUUUGGUAGAAAACCGCGGCUUCUGUAAAUUCUAUACUUCAAAGAAGAGUAUAAUAUAAUAAUAUGAUACAACUCCUAUACGGUCUCUUUUACAUAUACGGAAAAUGCAUAGAUUGUAAUUUGGAAACCCUGAAUGCAAGUGUGAUGGCAUGUCGGCCUUAAAAUUAUUCGGGGAUAGAAAGCCUUUUUUUUAAACCGGACUAUAUCCUUCUCUUAAGAAUGCAGUUCAAAGAUGACAUAAUGUUCUUCCAAAUGAAUGAAAGAAUAAAUAUUUUUAUGCAUGUUUUCUGUGAAAUAUAUUAGAAUUUAUAAGGGCAUCGAAAACCAAUGAGAAAGUUGGAUGCUAUUUAGGCAGUUCGUUUUUACCAAUUGUUAUUUUUUCGAAAGGCCAUAAAGAAAUUCAUUUAAGUGCCAACAUCCUGAAGUAACAGAACCACUUUGGUAUUAUGCUGCAAGGUGAGUACUAUUACAACCUUACUUAAGCAACGUUUAGGAGUCGAAAACGCAUUUCAGAAUUUCGGUUAACAUUUUCUGGAUUUGAACAUUUACUGUGGGUUACACGAUAUACCAUGCUUGAAGGCGUAGGUGUUAUCUUAAAGCCCGUGCACGUGCUUUGUCGAUAUUCUAUCCCUAUAUGGCACAACUGAGAGGGGUUCGGCUCAUCUGUGGGUGCUCCAGCGUCCCUGUAUGCUAUCCUGCAAAUAUUACACUUUUUACAUGGCAUCUUUUGAUUUCCGCACAAAGUAUUCGUUGAGGUGAAGUGAAUCAGCCUAUUCGAGAUCUCUUAACUCAGACUAAAAUCUGCCAAAAAUACUUGGGCGGACGUCCACCAGUCACAGCGAAAUAAUCCCAUAGUAUUCAUUAACCACCAACAACCAACCAAAGGCAUUUACAUAGGUUGUACUUCGUAUCAUACAGUGCAUGACCGAUCUCAUGGCAUAUUGACCGAAAUUCUGAAAUGCGCUUUUGAUUAGGAAGGAUUACUAAGGUGGAGUUAUAAUACUGAUUAGCGUGUGGCAUAAUCCUAUAGUACCUCGGACUCGCCAGGAUGUCGGCUUUUGUACGCACUCCUUGUCCUCCUGCACAGACCGUACUUGGUAAAAAAUGACUACUUAAGCAGCAUGCCUUUUUCCUAUGGACUUUCGAUGCCCUUAUAAAUUCAAAUAUAUUUUAUAGAAAACAUGCGCAAAAUAAGCCUUUUUUACUCAUUUUGUAGAAACUAAGAUUGUUUUUGCAUAUUAUGCACAAAGAAAGUGUAUAUUUAGGUUUUAGAAAAGUUUCUAAUUAUGAUAUUUUUAAGACCGUGAGAUGUCCAUGCAAACAGGAUCGCACAUGUCCGUUGACCACUGCUGCUCACGAAAUGUACAACACAGUCCGGAUCCAUCGCAAACUUUUAUGAAUUCUAUGUGGUAUCUUCUCACAGGCAUAGAGGAAUCUAUGAUUUUCCUUACGCGGAAAGCAUGCACCUUGUUGACUGCAAUCGCUGAACACUGAUGCAAUGGCAGAUCAGGCUCAAAAGUAUUCAGGAAUCGGGUAACUUUUUAAAACCUAAAUAUACACUUUUUGUGCAUAAUAUGCAAAAGACAACGCUAUUUUCUACAAAUUUAGUAAAAGAAAGUUUAUUUUGCGCACGUUUUCUAUUUGAAUAUAUAGGGGCAUCGAAAAUCCAUAGGAAAAAGGCAUGCUGCUUAAGGGGUCAUUUUUUACCAUGUAGGGUCUCUGCAGGAGGCCAAGAAGUAGUGCGAACAAAAGCCGACAUCCUGGCGAAUCCAAAGUAUUAUAGGAUUAUGCCACACGUUAUUCAAUAUUAAAACUCCACCUUAGUAAUCCUUCCUAAUCGAAAGCGCAUUUCAGGAUUUCGGUCAAUAGGUCAUGAGAUCGGUCAUGCACUGUACUUGACAGCGCAAAUUAGCAAUUUAUUUCUGGAAAAAUUUAAAAGCUGUAAUUUUAAACUUAAUUGUCUACUUGAAAGAACACAGGGGAUGCAAGGGAACCCAUUUAUGAGCCUUACCCCUCUCAGUUGUCCUCUGCAGAAGUUUACGAGUAUUGCUGUGGCCGAAGGAUUCCAGUUAAGAUAUUUACAUCAAGCUUCAGUCAGAGUGCUUGGGCUAAUUUGUUCCAAGUUAGCGAUUAGUUUACGUAAAAAUAAAAAAAACUGUAAUCAUUAAAUUCUCGGUCAUUAAAGGCAUGUUUAUUUGCAAAUAUUUAGCGGACAGGAUUUUUUCGACUUUAAGAAUGCAGGUAGAUUUAAAACGCAUGAAAUUUAGGCCCCGUUAUUUUGCCCAGUACAAGCGAGGGGAAUUCAAGUAAAGAAGGCGUUUUUGCGACCGGGGCAAAAUAACCUAUCCUACUAUAAGAGCUGAUUGCUUUUCAGACGAAGAACCAAACUAAAAUGACGUCGAUAUGAAUGAUUUCAUGUCAAAUGCCAUGACCAAUUACAUUUGAAUCUUCGAACUGCAAGUUUGUUUCUCCGAGCCUUGUUUUAGUCAAAUAUUGACAAAAAAGUCACUCAAGGACACAAAACCGCUCAGAAACAAAGGAAAAUUAGUUCCCACGCGAACCAAAUUCCGUGUUUAACCAUUUGAUGAAGGUGAUUGGAGAUUUUUCAUUCGGCAUUUAAAAAAAUAGCCGUUCAUUGUCUGUCCAGGCCUAGGAUGUACCUAGUGAGGAUUGUUGAAACAACUGUGAGGACAUUCGUUUUUUAUCGAAAAUGUCUGUUUGCCUCUAAAUGUCUAUAUUUUUUUUCUUUUUUAAUCACGGGGAACCAUUGUAAACAACUUCACAGAAAAUGAAUUCGACUCCAUUGCCCUUGUUUCUGUGUCACCCAAUAUGCGAUUCUAAAUCCGACACUCAGAAUGUCUCUCUUUAAAAUUCGCCUUUCACGUUAUAAACUAGCAUGGAGUAUAUUGCACCAGUUACUGUUAGAAUCGCAUAAAAAUAAACUGAUUAAUUUUAUCGCAAUAAAGGAAGAAGAUGAGAACUCGAUGAAGAUUCCGGCUGCGUGCAUACAGUCCUGGCAUUUUUUUACGUCACAGAAACUGCGACAAAAAUAUACGCGACUUAUCUCAUGAAACCUAAUGACGGAAGCUUAUAUGAGAAUUUUCAGACAACUUAGCGAUGGCGCAUUUAGCUCUCUCGUCCAGUCCCUUGAUUUAAAUGUCCUUUCUUAUGCAGGAAAUGUGUCCACGCAUUUUUAUCAGACAUAAUUUUUUAUAAAUUUGGGCGCAAAUGGACGUUUGAUACGUCCGGGCAAUUUGCAGUGCUAAUACUUGUCCUAAGCUUCGUUUACGCAUUUGAGCAUGUUUUUCUUUAACAGAAGGGCAGUGCGCCCUAAAAUGUUUUACUAAACAGUGCUUGCUAUACUUAAAAAGUGAUUUUUUGCCCGAUGCUAACCGUGAGAAUCAGUUUGAUGACACAAGGAUUGCUUUUAGAGAACAUGACGUUCUAUCAAUUUUUAGAAGUCAGGUAAACAUUUCUAUGUGGAUUUCGUACCCUAAAGUGCAUUAAUAACGCACAUAGACAAUGCCUCGUAUAAAUGGGCUGAUAUUAUUUUGUCGUUUGGAGAAUUCAUUUGUUGUCACGGAAACGACUACAACCGAACAGUCACUUUAAGUCGUGAGCCUACGGCGCAUUACUUUACAUUUGUUCUUGUUUUUACAUUUAUGUAAUUUACAAAUAGGACGAGGAAAACAUAAACAGUUUCAGCAAAGAAGGGGGCCCAGUACCGGAACAUUUUUAAAAUUGUUUUGAGCUCUUAAACAUGUGCAUGAGUCCAUCGUCAGAAAAAGUAACAGCAACAGCAGAAUAAGCGACAGAUAUAGGGCGUGUUAGCCAAUCAUCGACUGAUGUCGUAGGAUAGGAGGUUACUGCGUAGGGCUCUGUACGCCGGCGCCAGAUGGAUAAAUUGAUUGACUGAGUUCUUAUCCGAGGCCCAGUGCUCAAUCAAUUCUCAGCCUGUUUUGUCUCCGGCGUGGACGAAUACAUUGAUGACCGUGAAGAUAAGCUCAUGGCCAAUUGUGGCGAUGCAUCGUCUAGUCGCACAGCAAACUUAUGUUCGUCUAUGUGCGAUCCGAGCAUGCAUUCAGUCUCGCCUGGGCACAAUAGGUGAGCUAACUCAUGAAAUCUCAAAAGAAGUUUCGAAAUGCGUUUUGGUCUCGGAAAUAUUGAAUAAGAAGGGUUGUAAAUCCAAUCAUCGUGUAGAAUAAUUCUAUAAUAAUUCAGGUACCCCAAGACACCGGCUUUCGAACGAAUUCCUUUCCGGAUGCAUCCAAAAAGCAUACUCCGUAAAAAAACUGACUAAUUAGGUAGCAUGCAUUUUUUCAUUGAUUUUCGAUGCCCUUAAAGAUUAAAAUAUAUUUUCUGGAAAACAUGCGUAAAAAUAUACAUUAAUUUACUCAUUCUACAGAAAAUUACGUUUUCGUUCAAUUUUACACCCAAAGGAAGGGUAUAGCUUGGUUUUAAAAAUUUUUAAUCAUGAGAUUUUUUUAAUACUUUAAAAUAGCCCUUCAUAAAACGUCAUGUCUCUGCAUUUACCAAUGUGUCUUGUAAAGCUAGCAGUAUAACUGAAAUCAAAAGCUUAAUUUUAUGAACCCCAUAUGGUCUGCUCUUAAUACGGUGAAAGAAUGUAUGGUCUUCCGUACGCGGAAAUUAUAAGGCUUAUAGGUAGGGAGCCCUGAAUGCAAGUGUAACGACAGGUUGGGUUCAAAAUUAUUUGGGGAUUGAAAACAUAUUAUAAAACCAAAUUAUACCCUUCGUUUGCGUGUAGUAUUGGAAAAAGACGUAAUUUGCUAUUGAAUGAGCAAAGGAAUGAAUAUUGUUAUGUGUGUUUUUAUGGAAUAUAAAUGAAUCUUUAAGGGGAUCGGAAAUCAGCGAAACACAUGCCUACUAAUUAAGUAGCCUUUUGUUCCAGAAUGUAGUUCCUCCAUGUAGCCGAAAGGAAGUUUUUCUGAAAGCUGGCGUCCUGGGGUAACUGAGCUAUUAUAGAAUUAUGCUGCACAAUGAUUGGUUUUACAACACAACUUAUUUGAUCUUUUCGAAACUGAAUUUUUCGGAAUUCAGUUGACAUCUCAUGAGUUAGCUUACUUACCGUAGUUACAUGGACAGUUUUGGCACGGAUGCGGUACACUACUCAAGAUAGCUCCUUGGGCUUUAACCGGUCUUUAAUUUUCAUGGUCCUACUUCCAACACCUAACUCUGCAGCAGUGCGCGUGCUUGCUCCCGAAACGUACUUGGUGUAUGACAGAGAAUGCCAUAUCUUUAGGGAUUUUAAUGUGUGGGUUCUCUGGAGCGAUCGCGUAGGCAGCAACUGAUGAAUGCCUUCGGACAGAGUCCUACUCAGUAACCCUACAGUCUUAAGCCGUUGUUCGAUGAUCGUCUUACAAGCCCUAUAAUUGUCGCUUAUUCUGCUGUUUUUUCUACUAUCUCUGACGAUGGACUCCUAUAAGAUGUCGAAAGUUCAGAACAAUAAAGAAAACGUUUCGGCGAUCGGCCCCCUUCCUCUUCACUUAUGCAUGCACCUGGAACACGAACUUUUGACUUUCAGCAAAAUAUUACUAUUUAUAUCGCCAGUCUUUCGUGCAUCCGUAAUCGUAGAAUGGAGCUGAAAAUUGAGGGCAAAGAGGUCAGAAAUAAUUGCAAUGAAAAGCGCUUUCUUUCGUUCUUGUCAGGAUUUUGGCUUCACUAUGAAUAAAUGAAAGACACACCAUCAGCGGAAUGACGUAUUGAAGUACACCCCAAAAAGUGACUUAUUGGAGAAAGUUUUCUAACUACUUCAAAACAUAUUCCUUGUUGGCGUUUGUUGUCGACACUCAUUUUAUCCGAUUAGGAGGUUUCAUGUCUGGGUGACUCGUAAUAUGUGACCCAAAGGACCUUACUCACGGAAACAAACGUCCAAAAACUUACUACGUUAGCAAAUGCCUUCGAGAGAUAUCUUAUGUUAAGCGCAUAAUAGAAAAUCUGUCCAUGUGGGCGAUCGAUUGAAUACAUCGAAAAUCAUGAGCAUUCUGCGAUAUUUUAAGACCGAUCUGAUGCUUAGCAUAAUCCAAAACAAAAAAUCGUAAAUUCAUCUCAUGGAUGAAAAUCGCUCAUUAUAUACAUAGUGUGGUAUGCCCAUCAUUGCAUCUGUAGAUUCUAUUAAAUGUGCCAUCCAAAGGCCGGCCCGACAAUUUGUUCCCUGUUGGAAAAAUAAAGCAAAAUGCUGUUUGCUUUAUAAAACCGCAUUUCAGUCAAUAAAAAAACGUAAAGAUGCAGCAAAUUUUUGGGAAACCGUUGUAGAAUGAAUACUCAAAAUGCAGGUUACUGGCAAACCACCAUACCUGACAGAACCUUAAUCCUUGAAGGAUACUUAAAUGUAAACUUCAUGUAAACAUAAUUCGUGAACGCUAUUCUAUUUUUGCUGUCAUAUACAUUCCGUUUUUUCAUAUGGACAGGCUUUUUUGCAUAUUUAAAACCGCGGCUUGUACACUUACAAUCAUUUUUGACGUUUUCAAAAUUGUUGACCUUUCAAAAAAAAACGGAAUUUCUGUGUAAUAUUAUAUUACUUUUAAUGUUUAUUUUAUGCUUUCAACCCCUUUAGAGCUGUUUUUUAUUAAUAUAGAUAUUAGGUCUAUGCGGUGGUGUCGGUUUCCGAGUAAUUAGCAAUAAUUCGUAAAUUUUGACACCUAUCAUCAGUUAGGUCACUUGCUGUACUUGCGAACCGCUCUAAUGAUUUGACAGCUUAAACAGCGCAAACAACGACAUCCAUUGCGGCCGAGUUAUUUUUUCAUUUGGCAACCCUUUAAGCAAUGUUUUUCCGUCCCUCGUGACUGCGCCCUCCGUUGUUUGGCACGAGGAAAUUAAAUGACCCAUCCCUGCCUUUACCAUCCUGGCGACAGUGUAAGACCUGACGUAAUUGAGCUCCAAGCGAACUGGGUAGGUUUUACAGUCGUAAACGAGUGCUGAUUCAAACAUCCGCUUCCACCAGUUAAUACCUCCUAGCAUUAGCACCGUCGUGAGCGCUAACGUCUACCGCGUGUCCCACGGAGUGGGGAUAGUACCGGUGACUUGCAUAGCAUCUGCCGCACGCUGUCUUCCUUCACGUAAACUAGAUGUGUCAACUAAUGAAGUGUCAACCAAAAUUCUGAAGUACCAUUUGGACUCAAAAUGACUACUUAAGUAUGGUUUUAAUAUUGAUUAACAUGUAGCAUAAUCCUAAAAUAAUUCAGUUACUUUGAGAUGCCAGCUUUUGGACGAACUUCUUCCCGGCCGCCUGCAAACGCUGUACAGAACGAUUCCUUGAGUAGCAUAAACGCUUCUCCUUGAUUUUUGACGCCCUUAAUAAUGGUAAUAUAUCUAAUAAAAAACAUAAAUAAAAAUAUUUAUUGUUCCAUGAAUUUGGUGGAAAACUACGUUUUCUUUAAAUCGUAUGUUUGGAAGAAGUGUAUAAUUCGGUUUAAAAAUUUUUUUCGAUUCCCGAAUGAUUUUGGACUUGACCUGCGACUGCACUUACAUCCAAGGUUUCCAAACUACGAGCUGUACAUUUUCUGUGUACAAGCGUAAUGCACUUCUCUAUAGUACUUAGAGGAAACCAUAUGGAAUUAAUAAAAUUUGGCAGCGGAUUUGAAAUAUAUCGUAAACUUUAAAAACCGCAUUAGCAAAUGCAGAGACACGAUGUUUUGUGAACGGGCAUUCCACAGUUUAAAGACAUCUCAUGAUUAGAAACUUUUAUCAUCAAAUUAUACCUUUUCUUCGUGCUUGAAGUUUGAAGAAGACGUGAUUUUUUACCAAAUCAGUACGGAAACUGACAUUUUAUGUUUUUAAUGAAAUUCACUUGACUUUAUAAGCGCGUCGAAAAUCAAUCUGAAAAAUUAUUUCACGUAAUUAGGCGUUCCUUUCAGGGUUUAGUGUCUGCAGGCGACUGGGAGGAAGUUCGCUCGAAAGCCAGCAUCCCUAAGUAACUGAAAUAUCCUAUGAGCAUGGUGAAUGCUGGUUGAUAUUAACACCCCACUUAAGUAAUCUUUUCAAGUCGAAAACGGAUUACAGAAUCUCGGUUAACACUUCGUGAGUUAGCAAGGGGUCUGAUGGCCAGACAUUGUCAUGACGACGUGAGGUGUGUUUGGACGCAGCGGCCGGUUAAGAUAAACCGCCCACUGGCACGGAAGCCGGUCUUUGCAACGCGUGCGCGAUCUUGUGAUCAGGGGAGCCAUAAAGGCCGCAGCAAGAAGGCGCGAUUGAGCUUGACUCCUAGUCCUUCACUUAGUGACUUCACAAAUAAACAGAAAUGGAAACGAGAACCGAGCAAUUCUGUCAGUUGGCAGUCUUCUAAGCCACAACACUUAACGCGUCGGGAUAGAUAUAAGCGUGCUUGAUCCAAUAUACUGAGCAAUGCGUUGAUUUUCGUGGGGAUGGAUUCCCAAGUGUAGACAAGUAGCGAAUAGAUGUGUAUCGAUGUUGUACACAGGUAGUCUCACAGGAAGUGACAUAAAAGCCGAAAGAUGGUUCGAUUGAUUUAUAUGCUCUCAUCGAGCCAUCCUAAGCUACUGGGACAGAGCCUGUCAGCAACAGCUGGAGCGGCCGCCAUCAGGUUGCAAAAACCAAUCUUGUGCGCACAGAGGUACCACGUUCAGACUCCGCGCCUGCAGUGGUCGAAGGUCGACUAAUGCUGCAACUCUCCGCGCUCUUCCGCUCCACCCCCCCCCUGACACUGACUACUAUUUGCCCCCACCCCCCACCCCCUCCCCCAAAUUCGCACAUCCCGCCCGUGUUUUAAGACGAACUGUAAUCGAUGUCUCUUUAUCCCAUAUAAUUGCACUGGCCAGAUGAGAAUUUAUCGAAUGCUACGUACGCUCGCCACCUCGUCUUCUGAUUACUGCUAUGGGAAUUUUUGCAACUAUAAAACAGUCGAAAGAUGGCUCAUUGACUUUACUCCCGAGCCGGGCAUGCUCGGUCCUCGAUCAAAAACCGCAUGCUAUCGCCUGAACAUUGUGCUAAGCUCACUUUCCUCCCUCCCCCUAAAUAAGUUUACGAUCGUAGAAAAGUAAUCUAAUCUAAUUUCCACAGUUUUGUUCCCCUUAACAUCAAAUGGAAUUUAGUCCAGGGAUUGGCGGCUAGAGUAAGACGCAUCUGCUCACCUGAAGCUAUUGAAGAAGAACUUCAACAGCUGCGGAACACACUUCGGGAGAACGGAUACCCAGAUAGAUUUAUCCUCAGAAAUAUUGGGGAACGCGCCGAAAGGCCCACUGUUGCGACUGCGGAAAAGAAAGAUGUAUUCAUAAGAUUGCCUUUUGCAGGAGACACAGAGAGCGAACUAGUCCGACGGCGCUUAACUACAGCUAUCACGAGGGCAUUCCCUGCAGCGAAUUUACGCGUAUGCUUCACAAACUCUCCCCUCCUACGUUUGGAAGGUAAAGACAGACUACCGUUGGAGGCCACAUCAAUGUGCAUUUAUUCAUUCACUUGCUCCUGUGGAGCAGGAUACAUCGGCGGCACAACGAGACGCCUGGUAAAGAGGGUGUGUGAACAUAUGCCCCCCUGGCUAGACAGAGGUAAAACCCGGUCGAUUUCGAGUUCUAUUCUCGCACAUUUAAUCGAUACGAACCACUGAGUCGAUGCCAAGAAAGCAUUUCAGGUUGUCUACCGGACACCAGCAUGCUUCUCUAAAGGCCUACGCCAACGGAUACUAGCAACGGCCGAGGCAGUAGCUAUACGGUUAGCGAAUCCGGUGCUAUGCUGUCAGAAAACUCUGACACAAGCGCUUUCUCUGCCGUGGCCAACGCCAAUCCCAAGUGAUGAAGCCAUGCCGCCUCAAAUCCCUAAUCACGAUUAUGGGUACUCCGUGUACUCAAUCCAAGAACAUCACACAAAGACUCUCUUACCUCCCUCCCCUAGCUCUGACGACUAACAUCCGCCGACCUUGUCAUGCGGGCGGCGUGGGGAUGAUGAGUGUUAAUGACUUAAUAACCCUUGAGACAUCUAUAAACACUGUUGAUUUUGUACAUUUUCAUUCCUUCAUGUAAUUGUAUUGGCCUGACGAAGAAUUACCAAAAACGCGUGUUCGCCAACUUGACUUUUUAAUCUUUUUAGUCGAAGACGUAGGAAACAUUUUAGGUCAACAUUACCCUAGUUUCGGUAUAUGCUGCGACCAUUGAAACGAUUGGUUUCUAUUUUAGCUCUGCGGACCUUGCAAAUUGCCGAAAAAUACGGGCAAGCCGUUAGUUUAACAGUCAAGGGACUACGAAGGGUUAUGUGUACUUUGUCAACUUCAUUUACGCUGAGAAUAUCCUUCCCGCGAAAUAAGGAUACCAGGCAUUCAGACUUUUGACGUCAAAAACUUAAUAUUCGUGAUAUUUUACUCUGAAAAAAAAACAGUCGCUGAACCCUAUUUAUUCACAUUAUCUUCUUUAAAUAUGCUCGAAAAUGGCGCUAUCGGUGGAGCUUUUUAAGCUUUCAGGCUUUAGAACCUCACCAAUAGGAAGCGGUAGGAAUCGCUGAUUUCAGAAGGAGAACAUUUACAUUUAACUUAUGCGUGAGGAUGAAGACGCAUUUCGUCUCCGAAGGGGCUUAGGGAUGUAAAUGACGAUCUCCUAAUGAAACAUUUACUCCAUCUUCGGGUGAUUUUGACCCGUCGGGGCUAAAAAACCUGUCUGUUGUCUAAACACUUACACACGCCUGGCAGUAUAUCCGAUAACAGUUAUUUAUGACAGUUUAGGGCAUUUUUCGCACUUCCCAAGAGAACGCACUACACCGACGGCAACAUUCAAGAACUGUCCGCGGAUGAUGGUUUGGAUGGCGAUUAAAUUCGGUGAGCGGCCUGUCUGGCGGUCAACAUCCGAUACCAUCAAUAGCAAGGUUUUUAUUGUAAUUUUCAAGGAUGCUUUCGGCUACAACUGCAUAAGUCGGCGCCGAAUAGAUACUGUAAUUUUGUACGACAAUGCACCUGUCCACCAUUCUAAAGAGGUACGAAUUUGAUGCUGCUUGCAAAUAUAAUCUAACAUUUUAGACAACAACCACCCUCUCCGCACUUGGCCUCCAAACCAUUUUCAUCCCGGCCAACAGUCCUGAUUUGAAUCCUAUCGAAAAUCUUUUUGGAAUAGUCAAAAGAAAUCGGCACAAAGCUAAGAAGACUCUUUCAAUGCAGGACAAAUUGGAUUUCAUACUCAAUAAUUAAAUUUUACAAUCCACCAUAGACAACCUCGUCAUGUCUAUGUCUGACAGAAUUAUGGCCGUUAUUAAUUCAAAUGGAUAAUCAACAAAGUACUGAUUUUUUGCAUCUGUUGCUGUCCUUAAUUAUUUUUGCCCUUUUAUUCGCACUUCUUCUUUAUACGCCCUCAUACGUAGACUUUAUUAACUUGGUUGUAAUAUAGGCGUUUCUCGAAAAUGUGACUUCUGUCGAAAAUUAUUUAUUUUUAUCUCAGUAAAUAAUAUUUUCUAAACCAAACUUUGCUUUAUUUCUUUGACACAUCUUUUAUUUUCCGCUAUCAGACUUUGGGAGCCGUAGUGUUUACCGAUUCUGCGUUAAAGUCGUUUACCUGUGUUUCUACAUGAAUUUCAUGAGUUAGCACAAGUACUGUACUAACUCGCGAUCAUCCUGCGAUCUUGCGACUUUUGAUCUAGAUUUUUUAAUUCAAGUGCUUUUUUACUCAAAUCGUGGUUGUAAAAUUCGGAAAACUACUUCAGUCGGCGGCUUUGCUUCUAAACAUUCGGCAGGAUAUUUUGCAAAGGAAUUUUACACCUGAUCGCAUCACGAUCAGAUUUCACGAAUUUUGUUACCUGUCGAAUUUACUCGUGUUUUAUUUUAUAAAACUGAUUUAGCUCACAUUUUCUCCAUAAAAAAUAUGCAUUCCGGACUGCGUUUGACGUUCCGUAAGAAUGGUGCAUGCUUCUCCUAGCAGAAAGAUUUGCAACAAAGGUAUCUGAUGAAUGCAAAUGGAGUUGUCCGACCCAUUGCAGCCUUUUGGGACAUGGAACGUGAAAUCGGGUGAGGUAUCUCAGGAAAUCCUUAUUGAAAUUAUGUAACCUUAUUUCGGUAACGAAAGACUACUUCGGGGGGAGGGGGUUUAUGACUGAUUAACGCUCAGAUAUUUCACUGACGCCAGGAUGCCGGCAUCUGAAUGCACGACGUUCCGACCGCCUGUGAAAAUCACGUUCAUUAUAGAAUGCCCACCCUAGUAAUAAUAUUUUUUAGUUCGCAAAAAGCGACUGUUAAUGUUGUUUGGGCUGUUUCUAAUAAUCUGUGAUGCUGUUACAAAUUCGAAUAUAUUUUGCAGAUAAAAGCCAUAAAAGUAUUUUUCCUUGUUUUCAUUUUACGGAAAAUUACGUAUUCUAUAGAGUUUUUAGUUGAAAAAAUAAUCAAGUAGUUUUGCGAAAAUUCGACAUUGUGGACAGGUCUCUAUAUAAUGUCUCUUCAUAGAGUUUACAACGUUCGCUGCAAAUUCUGGUAAUUUCUAAUUUCUAGUUCCUUCAAUAACGUAGAGGAAUAUUGGAUUCUGCUGGAAUAGGAAAGGCGCAUCCUGCAGUUUGGAGUAGUUAAACUAAAGAAAAACGGCGGGUCGGUCUCAAAAUCACUCAGGAACUGAAGCACUGUUUAAAAUUGACAGAUACUUUUCCUUCGAGUUCUGAACUUUUAAACAAGGUGAUUUGCUGCUAAAUUUGUUCAAGACAGAAUACGUUGUGCAUGUUUUUUAUGAACUAUAAUUAAACUUGUAAGGGCAUCAAAUAUCAACUGGAAGAAGUCACAACGUUUAACAGAGCUUGGCCAUUGCAGGUGGCCGGAAAACGUGCAUUCAACAGCCGAAAUCCUGGCAUGACUAGAAUACAUCUAGAGAUUUUGGUCUUAGAUAACCAAUCUUACAAUUCUAUCUAAGUAAUCCUUUCCGAUCGAAAUUACAUUUCAGAGGUUCGGCUAACGCUUCAUGAGAUAUGUCAUCAAAUGGAAUUCCAUGAGCCAGUUGUUAUUGGUUUUGGGUUAGAAAAUGUCCCUCAGCUAUACGAGUCGGAUAUGAAAAAGGUAUGGCCCACUUCGAUGCGAACGCUGAUCAGUUUUGACAGUUCGGGCAUCUUUAUGUCCACCGUGUGCCCUACGGCUUGCCGGAUGGCUUGUGUAGCAUCUGUCGCACUCUUCCCUUUCCCACCAUCCUAGAUCCGGUGGCAAGACUACAGUGAGUGACCGAUCUCAUGAAAUGUUUGCCAAAUUCUGAAAUGCGUUCAUGAUUAAGGAGUACUUGAGCGCGGUUGCAAUACUGGCUAUUUUGCGGCAUAAUCCUAUAAUAUCUCGGACUCGGCAGCAUAUGAGAUUUUGAAUGCACUGCUUUUCAAUCUCCUGUAGAAACUGUACUCGGUUGAAAAUGACUACUUAAUUAACAUGCAUUUUUCCCAUUGAUUUUUCACGGUCUUGCAAAUUCAAAUAUAUUUUAUGAAGACUACAGACAAAACUAUGCUUUCUUCCAGUCGUUUGAUAGGAAAAUACGCCUUUUGUAUAUUUUAUACUCGAAGAAGGAGUAUGAGUAGGUUUUAAAAGAAUUUUCUAAGUCCGGAAUAAUUUGGAGCAUGAUCAGUCGUUGCAUUAGCGCUUGGUGAUUUCAGUCUACAAGGUGCAUGCUUUCCGCGUAAAGAAAACGACAUAUUCUUAUAUACCUUCAAAAAGAUAUCAUACAGAGUCCAUACAAUUUUUUAAUGGAUGCGGCCUACGUUGUACAUUUCAUGAGGAGCUGUGGUAAACUGCGAGAUACGAUGCUAUGUGAAUGGACAUUGCGAGGUCUUAAAAAAGCUCAUCAUUAAAAACUUUGUUAAAACGUAAUUAUACUCCUUCUUCGAGUAUAAAAUAUAAAAAGGCGCAAUUCUCUAUCAAACGACUGGAGGAAAGCAUAUUUUUGUCCGUGGUCUUCAUAAAAUAUAUUUAAAUUUGCAGAACCAUGAAAAAUCAAUGUGCAAAAAUGCAUGCUACUUAGGUAGUCAUUUUUUUACCGAGUAUGGCUUCCAUGGGAGAUUAAAAAACAGUGCAUUCUACAGCUGUCAUCCUGUAGAGUCUGAAAUAUUAUAGGAUUAUGCCGCAAGAUAAUCAAUAUGACAACCGCGCUUAAGUACUCCUUCCUAAUUGAAAACCCAUUCCAGAAUUUCGGCCAACAUUUCACGAGAUCGGUCACUGACUGUAAGCCAGGACAAUCGGGACGGAAUCGGACACAGUGGCUUACAAGAUUAAAGGGGUCACCCACGCAUGCCAAAUGCGUCUGGUCCGCACCCAGUGGACCAAGUUUCCGCCAAAAUAAGGGUUGGUAGGUUGGGAUCCCAUCAGAGUGACAUAGAGGCCAAUGUUUAAAGGAGCUAUUGAAACCUGAUUCUCCGUCUUCUAAGGGGGCCACUGCUUUUAGCUCAUCAUGAUAGUUUAAAUGCCCAUCAAAUUGUUUACAGUGCGCUGAGUCGACUCCACUUCUUCUUCACGCUCUCAUGCCCUAAUCCACUCUCCGUGCCGGUCAGCUGUGUGAUGUGAUCUUGCGCAAGUGGUUGACAGAACCCAGUAGACUGUCUAAGCGUACCACACAACCGGGUCCCGGCAUGCAGACCGGGUUCUCAUAUAAAACAGGUGAACGACUCGGAUCUUACAGUAGGUGGGCUAACUCAUGGUGUCGGGAUGUCAGGAUGCCGGUUAUCGAACUAAGUUCUUUUGGGCUGCACGCGAGAACUACGCUCUGCAAAAAUAAUUGCUUCUUAGGUAGCACGCAUUUUUUCAUUGAUUUUCGACGCCCUUAAAUAUUCGGUUAAACUUCAUAGAAAACAGGCAUAAAAAUAUUCAUUCUUUUACUUAUUCGGUAGGACAUUACCUCUUUUUUUCAACAUUAUACUCAAAGUGAGAGUAUAAUUCGGUUUCAUAGAACUUUGCCAAUUCCAGACUAACUUUGAACCCCACCUGUCGUUACACUUGCAUUCAGGGUUUGCAAACUACAUAGCGUGCAUUUUUCGCCUACGGAAAACCAUACAUUCCUCUACGGUAUUAGGAGGAGAUCAUAUGAGGUUCAUAAAAUUUAGCAGUGGAUUAGAACCGUAUCGUUAACUUUACAAGCCACACUGGUAAAUGCAGAGACAUGACGUUUUAUAAACGGCCAUUUCACGGUAUUACAAAAUCUCACAACUGAAAACUUUUAAAACCGAAUCACACCCAUCCUUUGAGUAUUAAAUUGAAAGAAGACGUAAUUCUCUGCCGAAUGAACAAACGAAUAAGUAUGUUAUGAAUUUUUUCCAUGAACUAUAAUUGAAUCCUAAAGGGCAUCAAAAAACCAAUGAAAAAAUGCGUAAUACCUAAGUAGCAAUUUUUUGCAGAGCAUAGUUCUUUCAUGCAGCCAUACGAACAUAGUUCGAUAGCCGGCAUCCUCAAGUAACGGAAUUGUUAUGGAAUUACGCUGCGCGAUGGCUGGUUUUACAACCCUUCUUAAUUAAUAUUUUCAAAACGAAAACGCAUUUCGGAAUUUAGGUCGACGUUUCGUGAGUUAGCUCACCUACUGUACAUACGCGAGAGUGUCAUAGAGGGCUAUUUGAGAAAGAUCCAUUGUAGCCUUACUCUGAGUCCCCCGUCAGCUACACAACACAUACACAGAACUGACCUCAGUUAUCCGCCUACCAGACCACAAAUUUUAGUGCGGCAUGAUAGACUCAAGCCCAUCGGAUUCCCUACAAUGAUGAAUUCUCUGAAGUACCGUGGGGGUUGAAUUCCAAGGGUCAAACUCAUUCCCUCUCUUUUCUCUCUUGUGUACCAGUGAACAGCUGAAGAUGGAUUUAGACACAAUGGUUGACAGACUUGCGACCAUCCGGCUAUGUGUGCCACACACGACCUUGUCAAACACCAGUUUGCAACAAAGAACGCGUUUCCUGCUAUCAUGAGAGGUGCCCAACCUGGGAUUGUGGCGUUGGUUUGUAUGCAGUUCGUGGGCUGGUUGGGAGGUGUGUAAUGGUGAGGUCUGAACUCCGGGGAGUUACGGGAGUUUUUUGGGAGGGUGCAUAUGAUCGAGUAGACCCAUGCGAACAAAUGAAGCUUGUGCAACGGGUUUCUAUUGGUGCUCUUGGCAAUAACUGGCCAAUUUCAGUGCAGUGGAGUUGUAAGCGACACACGAGGCAGAUGCGUUAGGUACAGUAGGUGGGCUAACUCAUGAAAUGUUGGUCGAAAUCCCGAAAUGCGUUUUCGUUUCGAAAAGUUUACUUAAGUAGCGUUGUAAAUGGAAUCUUCGUGCAGCGUAAUUCGAAAAUACAUCCAGUUAGCUCAGGAUGUCGGCUUUCGAAAGAACUUCUUUUUGGCUGCAUACAAAAACUAUACUCUGUAAAAAAAUGUCUAUUUAAUUGGCAUGCGCUUUUCUCACUGAUUUUCAGUGCACUCAAAAAUUCAAUUAAGUUUCACAGAAAAAGCGAAAAAAUAUUCAUUUUUGAUCCUUCGGUAGAAAAUUGCGUCCUCUUGCAAUUUUAUAUUUGAAGGAAGGGUAGAAUUCAGUUUUAAAAAGGUUUACAAUUCCAUGAUUUUUUAACACAGCGAAAUGAUCGUUUAUAAGGCGUCAUGUCUCUGCACCUACUUAUGUUGUUUGUACAAUUUACAAUACGGCUCAAAUUCACAGCUAAAUUCUAUAAACCCGAUAUAGUCCCCUCUUAAUAACGUAGAGAAAUGGCAUUGUUUUCCGUACGCGAAAAAUAUACGGUUAGUAGUUUGGAAACCCUGAAUUCAAAUGUAACGGCUUGUCGGGUUCGAAAUUAUUCGGAAAUUGGAAAAGUUGUUGAAAACCGAAUUGCAUUCUUUCUUCGAGUAUAAAAUUGACAAAAGACGUCAUGUUCUUAAGAAUGUGCAAAAUAAUGCAUUUUUGUGCAUGGUUUUCAUGAAACAUAAUUGAAUUUCUAAGGACAUUGAAAAUCAAUGAGAAACAUUCACGCUACAUAAGUAGUCAUUUUGUGCAGAGCACAGUUUCCGCCUGCAGCCCAAAAGUUGUUCGAGGACGGGCAUCCUGAGAAACCGGAUUUAUUUGAGAAUUACGCUGCAAGAUGAUAAGUUUUGCAACCCUACCUAAUUAAACUUUCCGAAACGAAAACGCAUUUCGGGAUUUCGGUUGACAUUUCAUGAGUAAGCCCACCUACUAUACAUGUGUGGUUGCAAUAUGCUCAGGGUAGGCUGGUGGUGGUGGUGGUGGUGGUGGUGGUGGUGGUGGUGGUGGUGGUGGUGGUGGUGCUGGUGCUGGUGCUGGUGCUGGCGACGACGACGACGACGGCGGCGGCGAUAUUGCUCGUGGUAGUGCUGGCGGUGGCAGUAGUGGCGAGGCUGCCAGCGCCGGCGGUGCGGUGUUUUCAGAUGUGCAAUGUGGGUUCUGGUGUGUAUGCAUCAUGGCGGAUUCCGUUGUCGUGGAGGUGCAGGAUGUGCGUGCGGGUCAGUUCAUGACGUUUAGAGAAAUUCUUGCCUGA